GCCACGAACCUCAAAAGCCCAACAACAACAAAAACAUGUUGUUGUCUCUAUACAGCCCAUUCGUUUCAAUUGGCCACUUCCAUUGCCACAACCACCAAAACCAUAUCUCACCGCCGCCGUCGACGACGAAACUUGCUUCACCACCGUAUCUGUACCGACGGAAGAAAGAGAGGAGAAGCGUUACAACACUCUUUUCUGAUUCCAUGGAGAUUUGUGGCGUAGAUUCUGAAGGGAAAGAGUUUGAUAGCGUACAAGACAUGUGGAGAGAAGAAAUUGGAGAAGAAGGAGACGAAACUAGAAAAACCCAAUGGUACAGAGAUGGUGUUUCUUAUUGGGAAGGUGUUGAAGCUUCGGUUGAUGGAGUAUUAGGAGGAUAUGGUCAUGUGAAUGAUGCUGAUAUUAUAGGAAGUGAAGUGUUUCUUAAGACUCUUAUGCAAGAAAGAUUAGUAAAUGGUGGAGCUAAUCAGCAUUUAGUAGCUCUUGAUUGUGGUUCUGGUAUUGGGAGAAUCACCAAGAAUCUUCUGGUUCGUUAUUUUAACGAGGUUGAUCUUCUUGAGCCUGUAGAGCAAUUUUUGAAUGCAGCUCGUGAAAACUUGGCAUCUGCGGGCUCAGAAACGCACAAAGCAACCAACUUUUUCUGUAUCCCUCUUCAGGAGUUUACUCCAGCUGCUGGAAGAUAUGAUGUCAUAUGGGUUCAAUGGUGCAUUGGGCAUCUCACUGAUGAUGACUUUGUUUCUUUCUUUAACCGCGCAAAGGGCUGCCUAAAACCUGGUGGGUUUCUUGUCGUGAAGGAGAAUAAUGCUAAAAAAGGAUUUGUUUUGGAUAAAGAGGAUCAUAGCAUCACCAGAUCGGAUCCCUACUUCAAACAACUCUUUCGCCGAUGUGGGUUACAUCUCUAUAGAACAAAGGAUCAAAAAGGUCUCCCACAAGAGUUAUUCGCUGUAAAAAUGUAUGCUUUAACGGUUGACACACCACCCAAAAUCCACCGAACCAGAUCAAAAACUCAUAGCAACAGACCGCAGAUUAUCAAAUGACAGGUUUAUUAUGGAAUCUUAGUCUUUUAAAUUGUAAGAGAGAAGCUACGUACCAAAGUUGUUGUAAGAUCUGGAUCAAGACUUGGCUGCUUCACUGUCACAUGGUUUGGUUUUGGCCUGCUCGAACAUCUUCACCUUCAUGUAAUGGAGACUUGCCAUGUUUAUUUAAACAGCUAUUCAAUAUCUCUGCCACUUUACUUUAUUUUGGGUUGAAAACUUGACUUCUAGUUUAUCUACGACCGGACCGGUCACCUCGGAGCUCGACUGUACCAGCUUCCUAUAGAACUUAAAGAGUUUUCUUUACUCUGCCAACAACAAACUUUGACUAUUGUCUAAGGAGUCAAUGAACUAUUGGGAUUAAUUAUAAUUUUCAAUU